AUGCAAGCAUCACGGGAUCCACAACCAUCAGAUGGCAUUCACAGUUUGCACCAUCAGCCUAUGCAGCAGAUUGAGCCUCGUUACUUUUCAAGUUUCCAAGUUUUGAACAGCAAUUUGACUGGUAACAGAAGCCAAGGGACUGAAGUUUCUUUCCAAACAUACGCCGAAAAAUUCUUCACUUUGGAAUCAACGCCAGCAACCGAUUACAAUUCACUUUCAGCUAUAAAUGUCUCGCCUAACUGGAGUCCAUUUUCUCUCCAAUGUUCUCAAUCGCAUGUGUCUGAUCUUCAUCACUCUUCUGAUAAUAUUUAUGGUUCUCCAUUGAGUGGAUUUUCCGGGGUUCAUGGUGAAGACAAACUGAUGCAUGCACUAAUGGUAUUGAGGUAUGAAUUGUUGGGGCCUGAAUCUGAUAUUGAUGACAGUUGUUCCUUCAAUGGUGUAGUCUCACAACCUUCUUCCUUGACAAGGUACAACAAAACCUUGGAGACAGCACACAGUAUGGACCUAAAACAGCAUCUCAUUUCCUGUGCUAAAGCAGUAUCGGAAGACGAUAAGUUGACUGCAGAUGUUUUAAUGAACAUUUUAGAAACAAAGGUAUCGGUCUCUGGAGAGCCUUUGCAACGGCUAAGUGCAUACAUGUUGGAAGGUCUCCGGGCAAGAUUUUUGUUGUCCGGAAGCAACAUCUACAGGAAGUUGAAAUGCAAUGAACCAACAAGUUCGGAGUUGAUGUCUUAUAUGCACGUGCUCUAUCAGAUAUGCCCGUAUUAUAAGUUUGCGUACAUAUCGGCCAAUGUCGUCAUUGGGAAAGCCAUGAAAAAUGAAAAAAGAAUCCACAUAAUAGAUUUUCAGAUUGCCCAGGGCAGUCAGUGGGUAUCUCUGAUUCAGGCGCUUGCAUGCCGUACUGGUGGGCCCCCAUAUAUCCGUGUUACUGGUGUUGACGAUUCACAAUCGGCUCAUGCUCGGGGCGGAGGACUCCAGCUAGUUGGCCAGAGGUUAGCCAAAGUAGCUGAGGCAUGUGGAGUGCCAUUUGAAUUCCACGCUGCCAGUAUGUCGGGAUGUGAGGUCCAACUCGAGCAUCUUCAGAUUCGACCUGGAGAAGCCUUGGCCGUGAAUUUUCCUUACAUGCUUCACCACAUGCCGGACGAGAGUGUGAGCACCGCAAAUCAUCGAGACUGCCUUCUAAGACUAGUUAAGAGCUUGUCACCAAAGGUCGUAACCGUUGUUGAACAAGAAUCUAAUACUAACACCGCCCCAUUCUUUCAGCGAUUUUGUGAAACUCUAGAUUAUUACACAGCAAUGUUCGAGUCAAUAGAUGCAGCUCGUCCAAGGGGCGACAGGCAGAGGAUUAGUGCAGAGGAACACUGCGUGGCAAGGGACAUUGUCAACAUAAUAGCGUGCGAGGAGACUGAGAGGGUGGAAAGGCAUGAACUUUUCGGCAAGUGGAGUUUGAGACUUAAAAUGGCUGGAUUUUCUCCAAUCCCAUUGAAUUCAUCAGUUAGUAACGCCAUCCAGGACAUGCUGAAUGAGUAUAGCUCGAAUUACCUUCUGAGGGAGGAAAAUGGCGCACUAUAUCUUAGAUGGAAAAAUAGAGCUUUGGUAACAUCGUCCGCUUGGAGAUAA